CUCUUGACUGCAGUCACAUCGGCCAAUUGUUGCUGUGGCCGCUGCUGCAGAAAAGGCACCACGGAGUACGGCUCUCUGGCUCCAGGACUCGGUCCCGCCACUGCCGUCUCGGGGAAGGGGAGAGUGAAAAGGCCGGUCUCGCCACCUGGAGCGUCUGGAGCGUGGAAAGCGUGGAAAGCGUGGAAAGCGUGGAAAGCGUGGAAACCAACAAUUCGACUUUGCUGAUCCAAGGUUCGCCACGCGGUCAGAUUCUGCCUGUCAACCUCCUGACUCCUGGUCUAUUUUCGCACCGGAUUUUGGCUGAUACUGCUGUUGCUCAGCCCCAGAUUUUCGCUCCUCAUCAAGAAUGCCGUCGAAGCGCAUGCUCUUCGCUCCAACGUUGUGAUGGCGUCGACGGACAGUCACGGAUCUCUUAAUUGAACCAGCUCCGUCCUCUCGGCUUCGCUAUGGGGACCGACCUCACGCAACCUCCCGAUGGACUCAUAGGAGGCUACAAAGGCGAUAAUGCCUCCGUCAAGAUCGUCGUUGUUACCUUCAUCACUCUGGCCAUCUAUAAUGCCGUCGAACUCGUCAUUCUCAUCCUCUUCACUUUCCAACGCUACCAUGGCCUUUACUUUUGGACUAUGCUGUUGUCCGGCGUCAUGGGCGUCAUCCCGCACUCCGUCGGAUACCUGCUGGAGUUCUUCGAUGUCGGGCCCCGAUGGCUCGGGGUUGCGAUAUCUACCUUCGGUUUCUACUUCAUGGUCCCCGGCCAGUCCGUUGUUCUCUGGUCGCGACUCCAUCUGGUCGUUCAGAAUCGCAAACUCCUCCACUUCGUCCUCUGGCUUAUCAUCGUUGACGCGAUCAUCCUCCUAAUCCCAACGACCGUCCUCACAUUUUCCACCAUCUACGUCCGCAUCCGGCCGAUCAUCGUGGGUUACAAUGUUAUGGAGCGAUUGCAGGUUGCCUGGUUCUGCGCACAGGAGAUUUUCAUCUCGUCAAUCUACAUCUGGGAAACGGCGAAGCUCCUUCGGCUGCGGCCUGAGAAGAACGCCCGCCGUACGCGCGUUCUGUACGAGCUCCUCGCAAUCAACUUGAUCAUCAUCGCCAUGGAUGUCACCCUUCUUGUCCUGGAAUACCGGGGGAUGUGGUACCUUCAAACGACACUCAAGGCGGCCGUAUACAGCAUAAAGCUCAAACUUGAGUGCGGAGUCCUGCGUAAGCUGGUUGAAAUCGUCCAGCCUACGCGGCAAGACACGAGCUCCACUGAGCAGGACUCGUUCCCGACAUUCGUUAAUCCGGAGUAUAUCGUUGGAGAUGUUACCCAUGCUGCACCACCUCAACGGAAUGACCGUGACCGGAUACAGUACCCGUGGCGCACGUCUACCGACAGUUUCAGUCUGUCGGAUCGGCGACGACCGGUUUCAAUAUCUUCUGCGCUUUCGAGACCGCCGUAA